GAAAUACAUUUUGCUUAUUUCCAGUAGUUCUAAUUUUUUAGAUUAAAACUGUGAUUAAAACGGUUAAAUGAACGUUUAUAAUCGAUUCAAUUUUGUGGAAUUUAAUUGUGAUAUAAAUUCAAGAUUUUUCAAAAGAUAACUCUCGGUGCAGUCAAGUAAAAACUACUUUCGGUCUAUCGAUUUUCAGAAACGGUGCGGUAGUAAAUGAACAGUAUUAUUUGUUAUUGAGCCUAUAAGAAAGCUUAAAUACCAUCAAAAUGACUGACUCAAAGUAUUUCACUACCACCAAGAAAGGGGAGAUCUUUGAGUUGAAGUCGGAACUAAAUAGUGACAAAAAGGAAAAAAAGAAGGAAGCAGUGAAAAAGGUCAUAGCAUCCAUGACAGUUGGGAAAGAUGUCUCUGCUCUAUUCCCCGACGUUGUCAACUGCAUGCAAACAGACAACUUGGAGUUGAAGAAGCUUGUCUAUUUGUAUUUGAUGAACUACGCCAAGUCUCAGCCCGACAUGGCUAUAAUGGCCGUUAACACUUUUGUCAAGGACUGCGAGGAUUCGAACCCGUUGAUACGGGCGCUGGCAGUCCGGACGAUGGGUUGCAUUCGAGUGGACAAGAUCACGGAGUACCUGUGUGAGCCUCUCCGCAAGUGCCUUAAGGAUGAAGACCCGUAUGUCAGGAAGACGGCGGCUGUGUGUGUGGCGAAGUUAUACGACAUAUCGUCCAGUAUGGUGGAAGACCAGGGCUUCCUAGACCAGCUGAAGGAUCUAUUGAGCGACUCGAAUCCCAUGGUUGUGGCAAACGCCGUCGCCGCGCUGUCGGAGAUUAACGAAGCUAGCGUGUCGGGACAACCCCUUGUUGAAAUGAACGCGCCAACGAUCAACAAGCUCCUAACCGCCUUGAACGAGUGUACGGAAUGGGGCCAGGUGUUCAUCCUGGACGCGCUAUCCAACUACUCUCCGCGCGACGCUCGCGAGGCGCAUUCCAUCUGCGAACGUAUCACACCACGCCUGGCCCACGCUAACGCUGCCGUCGUGCUCUCCGCCGUCAAGGUGCUGAUGAAGCUGAUGGAGAUGGUAGCGGAAGACACGGAGCUGGUCAGCACGCUGUCCCGCAAGCUGGCGCCGCCGCUGGUGACGCUGCUGAGCGCGGAGCCCGAGGUGCAGUACGUGGCGCUGCGGAACAUCAACCUCGUGGUCCAGAAGCGCCCCGACAUCCUCAAGCACGAGAUGAAGGUGUUCUUCGUGAAGUACAACGACCCUAUCUACGUGAAGCUGGAGAAGCUGGACAUCAUGAUCCGCCUGGCCUCGCAGGCGAACAUCGCGCAAGUGCUGGGAGAGCUCAAAGAGUAUGCUACUGAGGUGGAUGUGGAUUUUGUGAGGAAAGCUGUGAGAGCCAUCGGCAGGUGUGCUAUUAAGGUGGAGCCGUCAGCCGAACGCUGCGUGUCUACCCUCCUAGAACUGAUCCAGACCAAAGUGAACUACGUGGUGCAAGAAGCCAUAGUGGUGAUCAAGGAUAUCUUCAGAAAAUACCCCAACAAGUAUGAGAGCAUCAUCAGUACGCUUUGCGAGAACUUGGAUACGUUGGACGAACCCGAGGCUAGGGCGUCGAUGGUUUGGAUUGUAGGCGAGUACGCCGAGCGUAUCGACAACGCAGACGAAUUGCUCGACUCCUUCUUAGAGGGCUUCCACGAUGAAAACGCUCAGGUCCAGUUGCAGCUGCUGACAGCAGUGGUGAAGCUAUUCUUGAAGCGGCCUGCAGAUACGCAAGAGUUGGUACAGCACGUCCUCAGCCUCGCAACGCAAGAUGCCGACAACCCAGACCUCAGGGACCGCGGCUUCAUCUACUGGCGUCUGCUAUCCACGGACCCGGCAGCAGCCAAAGAAGUGGUUCUGGCCGACAAGCCGCUCAUCUCCGAAGAGACUGACUUGCUGGAGCCCACGCUGUUGGAUGAGCUGAUCUGCCAUAUCAGCUCCCUGGCGUCUGUGUACCAUAAGCCGCCUACAGCGUUUGUUGAAGGACGCGGCGCGGGCGUUCGCAAGUCGUUGCCGGCGCGCGGUGCGUCAUCCGGCGAAGCGGCGGCCGCGCUGCCUACUGUCAUACCCAACCAGGAGUCUCUGAUCGGCGACCUGCUAUCGAUGGACAUCGGCGCGCCCGCGCCCGCGCCCGCUCCCGCCGCAAGCGCUGAUCUGUUAGCUGGAGGCCUCGACGUUCUUCUGGGCGGUCCGGCGGCUGACACGAGCGCAUCGGCCAAUACAACUGGGUUACUAGGCGACAUCUUUGGCGUGUCGGCGACGCCCGCCUCCUACACGCCGCCCAAGCAGUGCUGGCUGCCCGCCGACAAGGGGAAAGGCCUGGAAAUCUGGGGCAGCUUCGGCCGGCAGAACGGCCAGCCGCGUAUGGAGAUGACGUUCACCAACAAAGCCAUGCAGGCCAUGAGCGGGUUCGCCAUACAGCUCAACAAAAACAGCUUCGGCGUGUACCCGGUAGGCGGGCUAGCGGUGGGCGCGCUGGCGGCGGGCGCGAGCGCCGAGGCCGCGCUGCCGCUCGCCACCACCGGGCCCGUGCAGCGGAUGGAGCCGCUCAACAACCUGCAGGUCGCGAUAAAGAACAACGUGGACGUAUUCUACUUCGCGUGCCUUAUCCCCGCGCACAUCCUAUUCACUGAAGACGGCCAGCUAGACAAGCGGGUGUUCCUCACCACCUGGAAGGAAAUACCUGCCGCUAACGAGGUCCAACACACGCUCUCAAACGUCAUUGGCAACGCCGACUCCAUCGCCCAGAAAAUGACCCUAAACAACAUCUUCACCAUCGCAAAACGCAACGUCGAAGGACAAGACAUGCUCUACCAAUCACUCAAACUCACCAACAAUAUCUGGGUCCUUCUAGAACUCAAACUACAACCUGGCAACCCCGAAGCUACCCUCAGCUUGAAAUCUCGCACCGUAGAAGUCGCCACCUGCAUAUUCCAAGCGUACGAAGCGAUCAUCAAGUCCUAAUUUCUCAGAUGCUAUUUAUAUGUAUAUGUUGAUCUAUUGUUAAAGUAUUAUGUAUACUACGUUGAUAGAAAUUUGGUAAUGUAAACAAACGUUUUGUCUUUUUACAAAUAUCAUAGGUCCAGAUAGGUGUGAUUUGAUAAAAGAUUAGUUUGAUUUACAUUUAUUAUAAUUUCUAUUGAAUAUAUUGAAGUAAGAGCGGUCAUAUAAGAAUCGCUUAUUCAGUAGAAUGUGUGAAGUAGCUUCUACAAUCGAAGUAAAGUUUUCUUGGCUAAGCGUCCUAAUAUGGUGACUAAUAUUAUGACAAUUUAAGUUCUCCAAACAUUUGCCAGAGAUUUCGUAAGGGCUGUAAACUAGGCUAUAACACUAUAUCAGCUUCAGUAAUUCGAUUAUAGGAUACUAGCAUUUGCCUACGGCUUCGCCCGCGUGAUAAUUUGUUUGUCACAGAAAACGAGCGUCCCUGUUUCAAAAAUCUGGAUAAAAACUAUCCUCUUUUCCCGGGACUCAAACUAUCUUUAUACCAAAUUUCAUCAAAAUCGGUUCAGUAAUUUUUGCGUGAGAGCAUGACAAACAGACAGUUACUUUUUAAUAUUAGUAGGGAUUGAAUCUUAGUUUGUAUGACCGCUCUUGCUGUAAAUGAUGAAGAUAGACUUUACGACUGUAAAUUCCAUUGUAGAGAAUGUAUGAAUGAUAAUUAUUAUGAGUAUAAUGUAUAAGUUAUGAAAUUAUUUAGCAGCUCAUAGCGUCGCGCCGAGUGAUUGAGACUAUGAAGUAUAUCAUGCUAUAUUAUGGCGUUUAAAUAAAUGAUGUUAUAACAUA